UCAUUUUACGUUGAUCUCAUUUAAUGUGUGCUCACUGAUUCUCCACCGUGUUCUAGAAGAAAAAACGGAGGUAAUCGGUUGUUGCCAAAUUCGACUUUUAAUAUUAAAGGUAUUUUCAGUUUUCUUUUUGAUGUAGCCCAAGCUGUUUUAUUUCGGUUGGCUAAAUUGAAUUUUGCAAACAGUUUGCAGAAAGCUUUUAAUCUACACAUAGGCUACACACAAUAGCCUAAUAGACGAGCGUAAAGCCUACUAAAAUAUCCGUAUUCACCAUGACGACCCCUGAAAAGUCUUCAAAUGACAGGAAUGCAGUCCAGUAUUAUGGUCUCACCAAUCAAGGUGCCACCUGCUAUUUAAAUGCAGUGCUACAAUGUCUAUUCAUGACUGAAGAAUUCAGAGAGGAAGUUCUGAGGUAUAGAUCUGAAGAUUCUCUUGAAAAGGAAAAUAUCCUGGUACAACUUCAGAGGCUCUUCAGAAAGCUGUCCAAAACAGUAACCACAACUGAAGGAGUAACCAGGAGUCUUGGCAUAAGAAAUGUUUUCGAACAACAAGAUGCAGUGGAGUAUUACAGAAAGAUUUUAAAAACAAUGGGACCACUUGCUUUUAAGGUCUUUGAAGGGAAGAUGAUCAACAUAACAAAAUGUGGCAAAUGUGGCAAAGAAAUGCCAGAAACCAACACUUUUAUCUCAAUACUGCUGUCCAUCAAUGUUGAAAAUAACAAGAUGUAUGAUGUGGAAACAGGCCUGAAGACCUUCGAAGAACAUUCAAUACUUGAUGAAGAUGACUGGGUGUACUGUGAUGAAUGUGACUGCAAAACAAAAACUGAAACGUGGACUAAAAUAGAUGAAUAUCCCAAUGUUCUCACCCUGCAUCUGAAGAGGUUUGACUUUGAUUACAUGCAGAUGAGAUACGAGAAGAACGAAUGUCGUCUAGAUGUACCUCUGACUCUACCCAAGAAGGACAAUAGGCCUUCAUAUGAACUUUAUGCUGUUAUCAACCAUAAGGGGAGAUACAGUGGUGGACACUACGAAGCAAUCAUUAAAUCUUAUGAAAAUGGAGUAUGGUACUGUUUUGAUGACAGCCGUGUAACAGAGACUUCAGAAACACCCCUGAAAAACUCAAGCCUACCCUACAUGCUGUUGUACAGAAAAAAAGUUUUCAGUCCAGGCAGUUUUUCUCGUCCUCUGAGGAUCCUUCUGACCGGGCCUUCCAGAUCUGGGAAGAGUACAGUAGGCAACAUCAUCCUUGGUGGAGAUUACUUUCCUUGCAGAAGUGGAUCAGAAACUGUGACUAAAGAGUGCAUGGUAAAGACAGUGGAAAAGGUCACUGUGGUGGACACCCCAAAUCUCUUUUGCCUCAAUAAAUUGAGUUGGGCUGAGGAAAUAGAGAAGUGUGUUAAGUUAUCUGACCCUGGGCCCAAUGUGAUCCUCUGGAUAAUACCGAUCUCUAAAUUCACCGAACAUCAGCAAGGUCUGUUUCACACUUUCAGAAAACAACUAGAUUCAGGAGCCAGAAGUCGCAUAACGAUCAUCUUCACAAAUGGCAGAGAGCUCACAAAACUUGGCCAGACCAUCGAUGAAUUUAUUUCAAAACAUAGGAAGCUUCGUCAAGUGGUUCGUUGUUGUCAGGGCAGAUAUCAUGUCAUUGAUAACUCAGAUGGUCACAGUUAUACCUCAGAACUGCUUAAAAAACUGAGCAAAAUGAUGCCACUAGAAGAAGCUAUCGCAUUUCCACACAAAAAUUGUAAGAUUUGUACAAAAAGUAAAAAGUUCAGAGGACCAGUACACCUUCAUAUAAAAAAGCUGUUAAAAAAUAGAAUUAAAAGAGAAUAAAAGACAUUGGUCUCACAGACAAAUUGUCAAAAAUAAGGAAAAAAAAUCACACAAAAGGUAAUGAGAAAAAAACGAAAGCUAUUUGAUUGUGGUGAAUCAUUGAAUGUUUUGUGCUGCCUAGUCUUUUUGGAUUUUGGAUAUUAAUAAAUGAUUGAAAGUG